AUGUCUGACCAGUACAACUACCCACCUCCUCCCACUCAAGGUCGUCCUAUACCGCAACCUGACGACGUGGUGGCUUCUAUCGAAGUUGCACCUCUCGCUUCCUCUGAGCCACAAGCUCCCUCUUAUCAGUCUCAGUCUCAGCCUGAUACCCAAGCUCAGCAUCCCCAAGCUCAGCAUCCCCAAGCCCCAGCAAACGGCACAGCCAAAGCCAAAGGCCCAGCCAAACCUAGAGCUCCCCGAGCCAAGCCCCUGGCCAAGAAGCAGCAAGGCAAGUUGCCAGAAGAGACAGCCCAGAAGGCUCCCAAGAAGACGCCCAAGCCUCGAAAGACGCAGCCCAAAACAUCUCGCAAGCGCUCUUUAGAUGAAGCCGAAGUCGCCUCUUCUAGCGGUUCUGCUGAGAAGAAGGUAGCUCGUGAGAACAAUCACCCUUCCCACCCCUCCAACACUCGUAAAGUUGCUACUCAGCAGCCUACUCCUCGAAAGACUGCCUCAUUUGACAGAUCUUCUGCCCACGUCAAUUCCUUUAGAGGGGGCGGCCCAGGCACCUAUGAUGAUUAUUUGGACGACGUGAUCGGUUACCUGCGUUCCAGCUCCAGCCGACGGUCCUCUGGUCAAAAGGCUGCUACUCCUUCUGAGGAACAAGAUCAGGAUCCCAUCGACCUGACCCGAGACGAUUCCAUGGCUGAGCCAAUCGACCCCCAGCUCCAAGAGCAACCCCCUGCUCCAGUCAGUGCUAUUCACCCUGACUCCAACACUCGCAUGAUCGGCAGUAUUUCCCUGACCCGCGCCAAUUUGGGCCUCAACACCAACCUGACCCCAUCUGAGAUCAUCCGUCGCUUCUUCACGAUCGACCAGGAGUUGGAGGAACAAGUGUCCCGUGUCCCAACACUACCCCCGUCCACUCUUGCUCAGCAGCCACCUAAGGAGUUCAUUGGUGCAUACUACAAGACUAUUCUUGAAGCUCAAGAUCCCCGCCUUGAUGCUUUUGUUGAGGACUUGAACCGCCCUCUCCUUGAGAAAAGCAAGACCAUCGACCUCGAGCGUAACAAUAUUGCUGCUAAGGGUACCCGCAACCGCCGAGAUGAAGCCUUGAAGAAGUGUCGAAGACUGGCCAAUGAUCAGCAGGUAGAGCUGAACUGGUGGCGCCUCAAGGCUUGCUCCCUUGGUGCCGACCCCUAUGAUUGGGACGCCGUCCCUCAGGAUGCCAAGCAGGCUAUGACAGACGACAUGGACAACAGAGUCCUAAAGGAAGAAGAGAAGAUUGCUGCAAACGAAAAGAAGCAGAGGUCACAACUCCACUCAGUUCGCAACACUGAGAACGCACAGCGCAUGCGAGAGGAUUCCCAGCUCAAGGAAAAGAUCGUCCAACAAUACUGGGCAGCCCUCCAACAGGGGGAUGCCGACCAUGUUGACUUUCUUGAGCAGCAAUACCUUCAGGAAAAGGCUGCUGCCACCUCUGCUGGAAACUCCAACACCAGCGGUGCUAGUGCUACUGUUGGCAACACUCCUGUGACUGCGGGUGAGAAUGCUAUGGAUGCUGAAGGCGAGAAUGAGUCCUUCGAUGCCGCCGGUGCUGGCGAGAAUAACUCCUUCAAUACCGUUGGUGCUAACAACGCUACCACCGCUGGCAAUGCCUUCAAUGCUGAUUUUUCUACUGCCUUUGGCAACACAUCUGCCUUCAACAAUGUCACCGACUAUACCAACAGCAAUGGUACUGGCAUUGGCUUUGGCAACGGCUAUCAAGGCCUGUCCACCUUGGCUGAUCAAAACUCCAUUGGCGGCUUCGGUCUCUCUCCUUCUAACCAGCUCAUGCUUAACCAACCCCAAGCCAACGGCACCUCCCAGGCCAACCAGCUCCCCGAUUAUGGUUUCCAGAGCAGCAUCUUUGUUAACACUCAGGUUCAGAACAACCAGUCCGACAAUGCAGCCUCCAUUUCUGAGCAAGUUCAGGAUAGCAACUCUCAGGUCAACCCAUACGAGGACAACCCGUUCAUGAACAACAACUUUGUGACCAACAACUUUCCUACCAGCAGCUUUGCGAACAACAACUUUGCGAACAACAACUUUGCGAACAAGCUCAAGAACAACAACUUUGCGAACAACAAUAUCAACAACGACCUCGCGAACACCACCUCUCAGCCUGAGCAAGGCCAGAUUGGAGGUCUCAUGGAUAACAAUUCUGGCCUUCAGCAACCCCAGGAAGCACACCACCCUGUCCACGAAUCUCCCACCACUGAUGCUCUGGUACAUAACACACAGGCGAGCCAGGUCUUCUCCCCUUCGGCCGCAGCCUCUGGCAGCAGCAACAACAACAACCAGAACAUGUCGUUCACCGGAUUCAACGCGGUCCCUGACAAUCUCUUUUCUAACCCUCCCAACAUGGGUGCUGCCCAGUCCAACAACUUGGAUUUCGACCAGGCCACAGAGUUCCCUGAGAGAGACUUGUUCUCCUUCGCCGAAGGGUUCUAG